AUGGCUGCCUCAUCCAGUCAACCUGAGACUGUGAAAUCAGAAUGCAGUCUGGACAAUCCAAAGGUUCAUUCUUUUUUCUUAAUUCUUUUUACAAUUAGCUAUAUUUUAUUCCCAUUGCACUAUAUACAAUGUUAUUUCAUGGCCUUAGAAGAGAACUUUAUGAUUAUGUGUCCCAAAAAUAAACAUUGAAAGUUGCCAGAUGCUGUGUAAAAACUGCUUUCGUCAAGAAAACAGAAACCUACAUGCGAUGGUGUGAUCAUGUCCUUUUGGUGCAUAGAUGUGGUGAAAAUAAGGAAUGCAGUGGACCUUACAUUUGGGGCAUUUGUUUGUUUGAUUAAUAAUAAAAUUUGAGAAUAUUAUAUUGUUGAUAUGCCUAAUUAAUUCCUAUUUUUUUGUUUUGUCUAAAGACACUGUAAUACCAACUGUAUGUGUUACUGUGGUGGGAAAUUGAAGUGAAAAGGUGGCUAUUAUAUCCCUAUAAACUUAGUUUGCAAUUUAUGUACUAACAAUUGACAGUUCCCAAACCUGCUAUGUUUGUUGGUCUUGUCUCUCCUAACUAUUCACUUUUAUUGUUAUCGUUUUUGUAGGCUUGCUAUUCUGAGACCGGUGAUCCAGUGUUGCAUGUUACUCUUCUUGGUGGUGAGUGGGGUUCAUCUGCUGGUGGGUUGUCAACAAUAAACAGAGAGCUUGCUAUUCACCUUUCAAAUCAUUCAGCGGUGAAGGUUUCUUUGCUUGUCCCAGAGGGAGCUUGUAACACUGAAGAAGUAAGAGAAGCAGGUGGCUAUGGAAUCACCAUUGUUGAGGCAAAAGAACGUCCAGCAUAUGAUCGUCUUGAUUGGUUGAGCAUCCCACCCCAGGACCACUUCAUGGACAUCGUUGUUGGUCAUGGCGUUAAACUUGGUAGACAAGUACAAUUCAUUAGAGACUCUACUCGAUUUCCAAAAUGUAAAUGGGUACAAGUGGUUCACACCGCUCCAGAGGACCUGAGCAGAUACAAAUGCUACAGUGACCCCAUUUCAAAAGGUGAAACAAAACACGAAUCAGAAGUUGAACUUUGCAAACUUGCUGAUCUUGUUGUACCUGUUGGGCCCAGGUUGAAAGAAGCCUACACGUCAUAUUUACAGCGAUGCAAGACAGCUGAUCGAGACGUUUUAACCAUUACUCCAGGUCUUUUUCAAAGGGAGUUUGAGGAUUUAGUCGCAAAACAGGAUCCUAACGAGGAUGGUGUAUUCAAAGUGUUGUUAUUUGGUCGUGGGGAUGAUGAGGACUUUGAACUCAAAGGAUACAACAUUGCUGCUCAAGCGUUUACUGAUCAGCGGCUAAAAAACAAACCUUAUCAUCUAAUCUUUGUUGGAGCACCUGAAGGAAAGCAAGAAGAGGUUAGACAAAAACUUCUUCAGUAUGGUAUUGCAGAAGCACAGUUGACUGUUAGAAAAUUUAUACAAAGUAGAGACAGACUGAAAGAUUUGCUGUGUGAAGCUGACCUUGUAAUAAUGCCAUCAAAAUCUGAGGGAUUUGGUCUUGUUGCACUUGAAGCUUUGUCUGCGGGUUUACCCAUUCUUGUUGGUAGUAAUUCGGGAAUUGCCAAAGCAUUAGAAAAUGUUCCUAAUGGUGACAAAUGCAUCGUCUCUAUUGAUGAUCCUGCAAAAUGGGCAGAAUCAAUAAAAGCUGUUCGUGUCAGGCAUCGAAUGCGCCUUGAAGAGAUUAAAGCACUCAAAGCGUCAUAUGGAGAGAUGUACAGUUGGAAGGAACAAUGCGAAGAGUUUGUGCAGAGAAUGUGGAAAAAGGUCAAGGGUAAGAGGUGUUGCUGUGAAACUCAUAAAACUAGAGUGUAUGGACAUGAAAAAUAUUUACUGAAUGCCAUUGACUGUUGCAAGGAAACAGCCGAGUAGGCUUGAGAAAAUUAAAAACUGGUUGGUGGGUUUGACAUUUGCUUGUCGGUUUCUUGAACAAUUUAAUCUCGUACCCAGAUCUGGGUUCAAGGUUAUGAACAAUAAUUAUUGUGAUUGGUCGACUGAUUGGUCACUACACAAUCAAUUUCAUGAAGUAUUUCAGGUGUACUUGUUUUUCUCAGCUCACAAGCAAUUAGUUCUGACAAAUUGAUUUUAUAUUUUAGUGUUUUAGUACUGUUAUGGUUAUGUAGUUUUUUACAUGGUGGCUAUACGGGGCACUACAGUCUGUAAUUAUGCACCCUUUUGAAAUAUAGUGUCAUUUAUUGAUUCAUAGUAAACAUUAAUAGUACUUUUACAACAUAAAGUGAUACAAAUGAAUGGAAUUUUUCAGUUUUUGGUGCUGGGGACUAACAAGCUAAUUAUUUCUUUGACCAUUCGAGGUACUAAUUGUCUGCAAAUUAAUAAGUAUUAUGCGUGAAUGUUCUGUUAUAGCCUGUUCCAGGCUCUCAGAUAGUGGGGAAGACGCGAAAGUAAAAGGCACGCGAAAAGUUGGCGGGUCAAAAAAGAGGAAAAGGAAGGGAGCCGCCCUUCCUCUCCCCAGUUUCCUCCCGUUUUACUUUCGUCUUCGCGCUUUCUCAAUUCAGCGGGCCCUACUAUUUCGGAGCCUGGAACAAGCUAGUUCUAUUAUGAAAAGUAUAGCUGAUGAAAUAAGUACAAAGUAGGCAGUCCACUGUCCAGCGUGAAUCCUAAAGCACUUGCCAUUCCAGCACGCCUAGUGAAUUUUAACUUUCUUUAAAACAACCCUUAAGUUUCUCUUAUUAUUAUUAUUAUUAUUAUUAGAAAUUUGUACUGCGUAGUUUCUAUGAAAAUAUUCAACUGCGCUCUCCAGCGAAAAGGAACUUUCAACUUUGUACCCUCGAAAUAAAAGUAUUGUUGUAACCAAUCAACAGGGUCAUCCGAAAACGGCAACAAACGAAGAAUCAAAGAGCCGCUUGUUGAAGAAAUUUUUCUUGGUAAAAGUGCUGAAAAGAAAGCCCCUUUUGGUGCAGGAGGUCAAACUGAAAUAUCUCAGUCUCAAAGUGGGCGUAAGCGUAAAAUUUCAGGACCUUCGUCUUAUCCAGGUAUAUACGUAAACACGUUAUUAAUUUUGACAAUUUUGCUUUCUCCUGCUUCUGUCUUGUGGUGCAUGAGCAAAGGGUGGGGUGUUUUUUCAGGUUACAGACUGGAGGCACCUUUUCCUACACUGAGGAGAGUUUACCGUUUAAUUUUAAGCAGUGAAAAAAUUGAUUUGAGUGAUUGAAACUAACCUACUGUUAUGUUACCCGAAUUAGUGCAGCGUUUUCAUGACAAGAAAAUAAACUAUUGCAAGAAGAAGUAAUUAGGAUACUGCCUAUAUUUUGAUAACACGUACCUUCUCUGUGUUACUAUCUUUUACUUUCAGACAUUGUUACCAGGCACUGUUACCAGGACCUUACUGAUGAACAGGAAGAAAUAAUCCAUGAAACUCUAACAAGACAAAUACAAUUGUACACUAAAUAUCGUAGGGUUUCAACAGCCGAUGGGGUGUCUGCUCUGAUAGAACAUAUACAGGAUGCGUACAACUUGGCCUUGAAAUCUGUGGGUGUCGGAUCUCUCGAAAUAACAUUUCAGUGCACCUCCCUGGAGAGUCUUGAAUGUUUGUGGUGUGAUUAUCAGUCUGGGCACCUUAAUAAUAUUGCUCAGAGAUACCUUGUGACUGAUGACAUAAAGAACAAACUGAACUUGGAGAAUGUCAGGUUGGAGACAACUAUUGAAGACGAAAACUACCGGAUUUGUAAGGAGAUUCUAAUGGAAAAAUCAUGUAAGCCUGAAAGCUCUUUGUAAGAAAUUGACUUCAAUUUAAACUCAAACAAUUGAAAGCUGAAAUCAGUGACCUGAAAAUACAAUUUGCUCACUGAAGGACACAAUUUACAGGUUACACCUUUCUACUUAAAACCCUGAUAAAAAUGCUGGUUUUCUUUGUUUUAUGCAUCUCUACAGCAGCUAUCUAAGAUCAAAAGAGACAGAGUUCAAAUAAAUUAUUGCAAUGAGGGGAGAUGUCUUAAAUAUGAGAAUAAUAUAAAAUCUCCCAAGCUUGUUAUUACUUUUCUGAAACUGUUUGCAAUAAAUUGACAGUGCAUGAGAAAUUAGUUGACCUCUCAGCUGAAUUCUUUGGAUUCUCAUAUUUCCUCUCAAACGCAGCCUUUGAUUUUAAAAUCAGGUCAGCAAGUGAAACAGAUGAAUGUUUGUAGGGGGUUUUCACUUUUUAUGUUGCGUACAGUAAUUUUGCCUGCUGUGAGUAUUAUUUUUUUGAACAGUACAUUUACACUAGAUAUGUCAUUUAGUAGUGAUUUCUCUCUUUCAGCCGAAUCAGAUCAAGAGACAGCUUCACUAACGAUUGACAAAAGCCCAGUUAAAUGUGAGGUAGGCCGCCUUUUACAUACGAUUAAAACUGAAAAUAGCUGAAGACCUAGAAAAUAAAAAAUCGAGCAGUGCGUCUUGGCUGUUUGUUAAACUAUUGUUAAGGGGAUGGUAAUGAAAAGAUGUUCAUCGCGUCAGUGUUAUUUUAUGAGGGUUGCAAUCUGCGUUUUGUUUUUGCGCAAAGCGAUCGCGAGCGGAGUCCCAUAGCUAAGACAAUUUGUUGAUCUACCCACCGCCAAAAUUUUAGUAGUCACUUGGCCGUACGUUUGCCCGCCCGUCUGUACCACAGGUAAAGCAAUGUAAAUUGUCACCCUCUCUAGCUUGUAUGGGAGCCUGCAACCUGAUAUUGCACAUAUAUGUUGUGGUGAAUUGACAGCUGUCAAAACAGGGUAUCCACUGAUCGAAUUUACUUAUACUGAUUAGUAUCACGUGACCAUGUCGUGGGCUUAGUUGUCGACCCACCGUGGGCACGCGUUUUUUUUUUAAGUUCUCCGCUGAAAAGUUACUAGUUCUCAACUGAUGGCAGGCUCAUCAUCUUUGCAAUGGUUGCAAAAAUAAUUGUUUGAAGUAAAUAUUUAACAAUUAAUGAAUGAGGCUGAGUAUCUUAUGAAGAAUUAUGGAAAUCGAGGAGGGUGUUAUCCGUCGAGGCCGUAGGCUGAGGUGGAUAACACCCUCCGAGAUCUCCAUAAUUAUUCAUAUGAUACGAAAGCCGAAUUCAAUAAUUGUUUUAUUAUUCAUUCAAAAGAGUUCCUACUUUUAAAACAUAGCUCAAACAAGCUUACCUGCAUCGAUGUUAAGUUUAUCGUCGAUAGUUGACGUUUAGGUUUGUCCAGCUCCGCAAAUAUUCUCCAAAUAGCAGACGUCGCCCUCCGAGUUGUCUUCUUGCUGUUUUUGUUAUGUUUUUAGCCAUUGUUUCGCCUAGCUCCAGCUGUAGUUCUUACUCUUGAAACGAGUGAGGAGUCCGCCAUUUUAGUUUUUACAACGAAAACAACUCAAUCUCGUCCCCAGGUCUUCUCGGUUAACGGUGCCUUAACCUAUAGAAGGCUGCAUUUUUGACGUCAUUUCCUCGUUAAACACAAAAUGCCUCCAAAUUUGGUCAUCAGUAACUGGUUAUGGUGAAUUAUGUGUGUGCUUUUAGCCAAUCAGAAUUGGGGAAAUAUUUUGAAUGAAUAAUAAUAUAAAUUUAGUAACAGGAGAUUCGCCUUUAGCCUUGGCUAAAUCUGUAUAUUGGCUCAAUUAAUGUAUCGUUGUUUUCUAAAACCAUAAGACAACUUUGAAAGGAAAGUGUCGCUAGGUGGCUUUUAAUCAGUUAGAUGUCCUAUUUUUGUCUGUAGAAGUGCUUCUUUAUAAAACGUUCGGCUUUUAAAAUAUUGCAGAACUGUUUGUAAAUAUAGUUUUUAAUCAUCCUAGAACAAGGAGCUGGUCCUGACUCAUAUGGAGAGAGCCGAGAACGCAAAAGUAAGUUCAGUGAGAUAUGUAUUGUAGUGUGCGCUCGUUGUGCAUUACACUUGAUGAAAGAUUGGAAAAUGCCAAAUUGAUAAGCGGCUGAGUUUGAUUAAAGUACAAGUCGUUACCACUUUGGCAUUUUUGACAGCCAGGAGUUUAUUCUGAGUUGCAACGUCGCAAACCCUUUCACUGUAGAGCGCCCUGGGGGAUGUUUGCUCAGGUCUGAGUUAAUAUCUCCAGUAUCCAUACAGAUACAAAUAAUUGGCAAUUAUUGAACGAGGUUGAGCAAAAUAUCGUGAUUUGUCAGUGGUGAGCAGAUCAAUUAUUUGCCGAAGCCGAAGGCUGAGGCAAAUAACUGAUCUGCGAGACACUGACAAAUCACGAUAUUUUGCGAUAACCGAGUUCAAUAAUUAUUUUAUCGUUCGAUCACUGAGUUUGUUUUUUAAUAAAUAAUAUCUUCGGAAAGCGGUUAGCGCGCGCUGCCUUCCAGGAGUAAUGACAGAGAUCACACAAACGAGCAAGGAGCAAGCGUGGUUUCAUUUACGCAUGAGCAGAAUAAUGUUUGCAGCCAAAAACGGUUAAACGACAUUGCGCAUGAGCACACCAUUAUUUGUAGGCAGUUAUUUGCAGGUCACGUGGUGGGCUCUCGGCCAAUGAAAAGGAAGAAACAUUUGCAUCGAAUGAUAAUAUAGUUUUCGAAUGGACAGACAUUUGCUAGUGAAUCCCGGUUAAGGUUGUUAUGUCGUAACAAAUAACCGAGAGGAAGGUUUGUAGACUGAUGGAAAUAGAGAAUACUUCAUGGCAAGUGCUGGCGUACGGUAUUUACGCACGAGUUGUUGACGUAUCAGAAAUCGAGCGAGUGAGCGCAGCGAACGAGUAAGAUUUCUGAUACAAAAACAACGAGUGCGUAAAUACCGUACAAAGCACUUUCCAUGUGGUAUUGUGUUUAUUAUAUACAUACCGAGACAUUCAUCAUUUUGGCGGCCUUUUUAUUUUAAAUCUUUCAAAAAUGCUUAUAUGCCGCUACACACUUGCCGCAAAAUGACAACGAAAACGAAGUAUCAGUUUUUUAGUAAAAACGUUUGUUAAAAACAUAAAUGACGGUAAGGAUAUGAGGUAAUCCAAGAACUAUAAGUAAUCUUAACUGUUUGUUGUCAAUGCACAAUUGAAAAUGAGUGAAUUUAAGUAAAAUGGCCGGUUUCAAUAUAAGCUUAAGCUUACAUGAAAGGCAAAGUAGCUCCGACAAAAAGCGCAACAAAAGUUUACGUCUCGUUCUGUUUUUCCCUUUCCGCUGUUGUUUCGCCGGCUCUCUACCGUUUUCUUUAUCGACAGUGAAACAAACGAGACUAUUCCACUCCAUUUCCGAAAUGUUUUUCACUUUUUUAGCGAGAAAAACUCUUUGAGUAAAACUUUUCUCGUUGAAUGUGUGCGAAGCGGCGCUGCAAGCUGCAAUAAAAGGCGGGAAUUUUAGCGCGAAACUCCCACGCCUCUAUGGCCUCUGAUUGGACGUAUCAUUUUUCUCACACGUGAAAAAACAUCGUUCGCGAUUCUGAUUGGACGUAUCAUUUUUUUCACGUGUGAAAACCAUCUUUCGCUCCUCUGAUUGGCUAGAACUAAUUUGCGUACGAAAAUUUACGACAUAGCUUUUUGGUGAGUAUUUCUCAGUAUGUAUAUAAUAAUUGGCUUUUAUCAACUGGUGUGAUUUUAAGUGACCGUUUCUUAAUUACUGUCUCGUUACUCGAUAUGUUUUUAAUCAGGCGUCGAGAGGCCCUCUACAUAAGGCUGCUGUCAGUGGAGAAUACAAGACGGUCAAAAUGCUUCUUCAAAAUGGUGAAGAUGUGGAUCAAAGAGAUCAGGUUUUA